AUGAAGUGGGGGUUUGCAGGCUCGCUGCUUGCUCUUCUUGCCUCGACAGCAACAUGUUGGCCCUAUGAUGAGUCCCUAGUCGACUACAAUUUAAACGCCAACAAACAAGCCACCGAUCCGGCGAAAUAUUCCCAUCCCGAAUGGCCCGGCCACAAAUACCAUGCCUCUCCGAAGAACUGGCGGUUUCCCUUUUACACUCUCUUUCUCGAUCGAUUCGUCAACGGUGACCCUACGAACGACAAUAUCAAUGGAUCUGUCUUCGAGCAUGACUUGAAUUCAAAUCAAAUGCGCCAUGGAGGUGAUGCUGUUGGUUUGGUGGACACGUUAGAUUACUUGGAGGGAAUGGGUGUUAAGGGCAUUUAUCUAGCAGGAACUGUCCUGAUGAAUCAACCCUGGGGCUCGGAUGGCUACUCAAUUAUGGACACCACGCUUCUCGAUAAACACUUCGGUAACAUCAAAACGUGGAGAGAUGCGAUUGAUGAGAUACAUAAGCGAGGGAUGUAUGUUUUGUUUGAUAACACUAUUGCAACCAUGGGAGACUUGAUCGGCUUUGAAGGUUAUCUAAACGAAACGACUCCCUUCUCAGUGAAGGAGCACAAAUCUCUAUGGAAGACUGAGCGACAAUAUGUGGACUUUCACAUCGGAAACGAUUACAACAAGACUUGUGAAUAUCCUCGCUUCUGGAACGAAACUGGCUGGCCAGUUGAUAGCGAUGUUCGGGACGAGCUCGUCGGAUGUUACGACAGUGACUUUGACCAGUACGGGGACAGAGAAGCCUUCGGUGUCUACCCGGACUGGGAGCGUCAGCUGGCCAAAUUUGCCUCCGUUCAAGAUCGUCUACGGGAAUGGAACCCAAGCGUCAAGGAGAGACUGAUCCGACAUAACUGCAUGAUCAUUAAAGCACUCGAUAUCGACGGGUUUAGAUACGAUAAGGCCACACAGGCCACAGUCGAUGCUCUCGGUGACAUGUCUCAUGCUUAUAGAGAGUGUGCUCGCAGUGUUGGGAAGGACAACUUCUUCUUGCCUGGUGAAAUCACAGGUGGUAACAACUUUGGUGCGAUCUACCUCGGUCGGGGAAGACAGCCAAACCAAUAUCCCGACUCUGCCAUGGCUUCAAUGAACAUGACGAACACGUCUGACCACCAGUAUUUCUUGCGUGAAAAUAAUCUGCAAGCCAUCGACUCUUCUGCGUUCCAUUACUCGGUCUAUCGUACCCUCACCAGGUUUGUGGGGAUGGAUGGAAAUCUGGCCGCCGGAUAUGAUACACCUUUGGAUUGGACGGAUUCCUGGAACGUGAUGGUCAUGACCAACGACAUGGUCAACGCAAACACCGGCAAAUUCGACCCGCGGCACAUGUACGGGGCCACCAACCAGGAUGUUUUUCGCUGGCCUGCAAUUGAAUACGGGGUCGAGAGACAGCUUCUGGGUCAUUUCAUCACGACUUUGCACCUUCCAGGUAUCCCGAUUCUGUUGUGGGGAGAAGAACAGGCGUUCUACAUCCUAGAUGCUACCGCGGAUAACUAUGUCUACGGACGUCAGGCUAUGUCUCCUGCUACAGCAUGGAGAACACAUGGUUGUUUUUCUCUCUAUGCCUCGCAAUAUUACAACUGGCCCAUAAAGGCAGGAAGGGAAGGCUGCCAUGAUGAUGCAGUGGCCUACGAUCAUCGCGAUCCUUCACACCCCGUGAGGAAUAUCAUCAAGCAUAUGUUCCAAAUGCGAGAAGACUACCCGGUUCUCAACGAUGGCUACUCGGUGGUCAAAUUGUCCAAGCAAACACGCGAAAUUCAAUACCCGGGCUCAAACGGCACUGCGACAGAAACCGGUAUGUGGUCGGUUCUGCGAGACCGUGUGGCAAGUAUCCAGGACCUUGGCAACGAUUCUGACAAUCAGCCAAUUUGGUUGGUAUAUCAAAAUGACAACAAGACCGUGGACUACAAAUUCGACUGCGGGAGCAACGACUCUGCGCUCAUCUCUCCAUUCCUCAAGGAUACCACGGUGGUUAAUCUCUUCUAUCCACACGAUGAACACAAAUUGAAGGAAGGUCCCAAAUCGCUGCAUCUCAAUGGUUCCAACACCACCAACGGGUGUCUUGACAAUUUGAAGCUUAAGCCUUUCGAAUUCAGAGCUUAUGUACCCAAGACGAACUUCAUUGAACCCCGGCCCAUGGUUACCCAAUUCGAUCCUGGCCAUGAUUUUCCACAGCUCUCGAAGGUUGGUCCCAAUGACUCUGAAGAUCUCGAUGUCAGCAUCUAUUUCUCGACGAAAAUGGACUGUGACUCUGUCACCCGGUCGGUCACCUUUGACUCGACUACGGAAGCCGGAAAGAAACCAUCUCUGGACAAGAAGAACGUCAACUGCAAAGAUGUCGAGGCUGGCGAGACCAAAUGGACGGGCCAAAUACCAAAUGCCUGGGUCUGGACGGCAAAAUUGACAGGGGUAUACAAUGGUGUUCAUCGGAUGACAGUCAAGAAUGCCACGAGUUCCAACAAAGAAAAGUCAACGCAAGCCACCGAUCACUUCUUACUCCGUGUUGGCCAGCAAGACAACCCGAUGAUAUUCACCUCCGCAAACUAUUCCACCUCUCUUGUGCACAAGCAUGAUAACGGCUCUCUUUACAUCCAACACCGCGCCCCGGGUGCCAACAAGUACCGGUAUUCUACCAAUUGGGGAACUACUUUCUCUGACUGGAAGGAUUACUCGGGAGGCAAUGAUACGAUCGAGACCCUGCCUUGGUCGGGAACAGACAAGCAAAGGUGGCAGGGGGACCAUGUGCGAGUCGAAUAUUGGAGCAAGUUGACCGGAAGUAGUGACUACGUUCAGGAGGGUGACUAUGGCUCGGAUAACCCGCGUCGCUUUCCGCAUCUUUUCUUCAACGGCCCUUACAACCAGUACGGAUUUGAUAAAGGGUUGGACAAUGAGGUCAAGCAAGACAGCGAGGGGUACUGGAAUUUCAAGUUUCUGGCAGAAUUUCCAGCACAAGGUCAAUUCAACGUGUGGGGUAUGAACCCAGAUGGCCAACCUGACCAGAGCUUUGUCUUUGGCGAUGCAGACGGUGACGGCACUCUGGACCGUAUGCCUCCGUCUUCGCUGAGUGAGGUUGCUAUCAACAUCUCUGAUAUCCCGCCCUCUCCUUACUUGGCCUGGAAUCUCCGUCUCAACGAUGGCACCAUGCACGUUCAACUUCAACCGCACGGAUCCAGAAUCAUUCAGUUGGUCAUUUACAUUUUGCUCUGGCUUGUGCCUUUAAUUACGGCGAUAGCUUGUGUUUAUGCCUUCAUGAAGAGCUUCUACCAAGUCAAAUUCAACCAGGUCGGAGUCAGCGAGAAAAAGACCAUUCUUCCAUUGGCACUUCGAAGGAAAUUUGCUGGAAGCGGAGAUUCGAGCAAUCCACUGUUGCGCCUCGCAAACAAAUCUGGAUUCCUCCAGAGCACGUCUGCUUUUGGUGCAGCAACUUCGCGAAGACGCACUAUUCUAAUCGCCACCAUGGAAUAUGAUAUUGAGGAUUGGGCUAUCAAGAUCAAGAUCGGCGGCUUGGGUGUCAUGGCGCAGUUGAUGGGUAAGCAUCUUGGACAUCAAGACCUUAUCUGGGUCGUUCCGUGCGUUGGAGGGGUCGACUACCCACAGGAUCAACCGGCCGAGUCUAUGUUUGUGACUGUCCUCGGAAGCUCUUAUGAAGUCAAGGUUCAGUACCACGUUCUCCACAACAUCACAUAUGUGCUGUUGGACGCUCCUGUCUUCCGGCAACAGUCAAAGGCUGAGCCAUAUCCCGCUCGCAUGGAUGAUCUGGACAGCGCUAUUUAUUAUUCCGCCUGGAACCAGUGUAUAGCGCAGACCAUUGGACGUUUCCCUAUCGACCUGUAUCACAUUAACGACUACCACGGCUCGAUUGCACCGCUUUAUCUUCGCCCCCAGACUAUUCCCAUCUGUCUCUCUCUCCACAACGCGGAGUUUCAGGGGCUGUGGCCUAUGCGUACGCAAAAGGAAAGGGAUGAGGUUUGCUCCGUCUUUAACCUCGACCUUGACAUCGCAAGGAGAUAUGUCCAAUUCGGCGAAGUUUUCAACAUGCUUCACGCUGGAGCGAGCUACCUUCGUGUUCACCAGCAAGGCUUUGGUGCCGUUGGUGUGUCCAGAAAGUACGGUAAACGUUCUUAUGCUCGUUACCCAAUCUUCUGGGGUCUGAAGAAGGUCGGCAACCUGCCGAACCCUGACCCGUCCGACACUGGUGAAUGGAACAAGGAGUUGCCGAAGGAAAGCGAGAUUCAGGUUGACCAGCAGUACGAAGCUAGUAGAGGGGAGCUCAAACGUCAGGCACAGGAAUGGGCAGGCCUUGAACAGAAUCCUAACGCUGAUCUACUCGUCUUUGUUGGAAGAUGGUCUAUGCAGAAGGGCGUUGAUCUUAUCGCCGAUGUGAUGCCUGCUGUUCUGGAAGCCCGUCCCAACGUUCAAUUGAUCUGUGUUGGUCCGGUUAUUGAUCUCUACGGAAAAUUCGCUGCCCUCAAGCUUGACCAUAUGAUGAAGAUCUACCCUGGACGAGUAUACUCCAAGCCGGAAUUUACCGCACUUCCGCCGUUCAUUUUCUCUGGAGCUGAGUUUGCCUUGAUCCCCUCUCGUGAUGAACCCUUUGGACUUGUCGCUGUCGAAUUCGGUCGCAAGGGAGCCCUUGGUAUUGGGGCGCGUGUUGGUGGCCUUGGUCAGAUGCCUGGUUGGUGGUACAACAUUGAAUCCACAACGACUUCCCAUCUUUUGCACCAGUUCAAGCUUGCUAUUGGAAGUGCCCUCAAUUCUAAGGCCCAGGUUCGAGCAAAGAUGCGCGCACGAUCUGCCAAGCAGCGCUUCCCUGUUGCCCAGUGGGUCGAAGAUUUAGAGAUUUUGCAGACUACUGCGGUCCGAAUUCACAGCAAUCGACAGGCAAAAUCAAACGGUCAAGCUCUGACACCCUCUGGCUACACCACGCCCAAUGGAAUGAUGACCCCGAAUGGCAUGAUGACACCCCCCAUCGCUUCGACCGGAACUGCCACCCCAACUGGAAUGCAGACGCCUCCAAUUGCCCAUUCAAGAGAGAACAGCUACUCGAAUGUCAAUCGCUUGAGUGCUUACGGGCCGCAGCAACGAAACACGAUUGUGUACAGUCGUGACCCGAGCCCCGGUGAGAACGAAAAGCCCAAAUCAGGACUCAGUCGACAAUUAUCCCUUGGUGUCCGUGCCGGGCCUGGUCAUUUGAUUCGCCGUGGCCGUCGUCACAUGAGAAGAGGCAACGAGGAGAAUGCUACUGCUUCUAUGACAGAAGAGAGCAGUGACGAUGAUUUCAUCCCUGGCUACUAUGGUGAGGACGAAUACACGCUCACGCCUGAACAGAUGGAAGAAGAACGCCGACACAGGUCCGCGCAGCCACAAGAUGCACAAGGUCAGACGAGGGACUUCUUUGGAGCUCUGCCGAUUGCCCGGCCGCCAUUUGCCGAGCCUGGAAAUCGACUCAGCAGUGCAUCUGUCCUUUCAGUCAACUCCAUUGUUGGUGAAAAGAAAGACUAUAAGCUACAAAAGGUCGAUCCCUUCUUCACUGACAGCAAUGGCGAGUACUAUAGAGUCUUUGACAAGAAACUCGAGAACUUGAAUGGCGCCAACUCUGAAUCUCAACUCUGCAUCGAGGAAUAUCUUGUCAAGAGUGAACGGAAAUGGUUUGACAAGUUCAGAGAUGCCAGAUUGGGUCGGAAUCAAUCCCCUGCUUCUUCAGUGUUCCAGAGCAAACUCGAAACCCAUUCUCCAAACGGCUCAGUAUCCAACGAUGACAUGGGUUCGCGCGAGAGUGGCAGCGAUGCUCACAAUGAAAAGGACGAGUUCCUUCUCGGAAAUGACUACGUGCCUCCAUCCGGCAUAAGGAAAUGGAUGCAAGUCCGAAUUGGUGGAUGGCCUGUGUACUCAUUUUUCCUUGGCCUUGGACAAAUUAUUGCGGCCAACUCGUACCAGAUCACACUGCUUACUGGAGAGGUCGGUCAAACGCCUGAGAAGCUGUAUGGGAUUGCCACGGUUUACCUGGUCACGUCUAUUAUAUGGUGGUUUGUGUUUCGCUUCUUCAAGUCUGUUGUUGUUCUCUCUGUUCCUUGGCUUCUGUACGGUCUCUCCUUCCUCAUCAUCGGUCUCGCCCAUUUUGAGAGUGACGGGUUCUCUCGGGGCUGGAUCCAGAAUGUUGGAGCUGGUGUGUACGCAGCUGCAUCAUCAAGCGGUUCGCUAUUCUUCGCUCUCAACUUCGGUGAUGAAAGCGGUGUCCAGGUAAAGGAAUGGGUAUUCCGUGCCUGUAUUAUUCAAGGGUCUCAGCAAGCCUAUAUCAUUGGUUUGUGGUACUGGGGAACUACCAUCUCCCAGGCUGUCGCCGACGGAGUCACCAACGUCCAAGGCAACAUCACCAAUACUUGGAGAAUGACUGCUAUCUGCGUACCGAUUGCCGUGUUCCUUUGGGCAAUUGGGUUGAUCAUUUUCUUUGGCCUGCCUAAUUACUACCGCCAGACUCCUGGAAAAGUUCCGUCGUUCUAUAAAUCUGUCUUCCGUCGGAAGAUCGUCCUCUGGAACUUCGUCGUGGUCAUUUUGCAGAACUUCUUUCUCAGUGCCCCUUACGGUCGAAACUGGGCCUUCCUCUGGGAUUCCAAGCACGCAGCAGACUGGCAAAUUGGAAUCCUUUGCGCCGUCUUCUUUGGCGCUGUCUGGGCAUUGGUACUCCUCCUCUUCGGCCGAUUAUCCAAAUCUCACAGCUGGAUCCUCCCGGUCUUCGCAUGCGGACUCGGCGCACCACGCUGGGCUCAAAUCUGGUGGGGUGUUUCGGGGAUGGGCCUUUUCCUCCCUUGGUCCGCUGGUGGCGCCACUGGUGGAGCACUGGUAUCUCGAAGUCUCUGGCUCUGGCUCGGUAUCCUCGAUGCCUUACAGGGUCUCGGCUUCGGUAUGAUUUUGCUCCAGACCCUGACUCGAAUGCAUAUUUGCUUCACCCUUCUUGCAUCUCAGGUCUUGGGUUCCAUCGCCACUAUCUGUGCUAGGGCAUUUGGUCCGAAUCGGAUCGGUCCUGGACCAAUCUCACCUGAUGUCACGGUUGGCGCCAGUGCCGUUGCGAAUGCCUGGUUCUGGAUUGCACUGUUCUUCCAGCUGUUGAUAUGUGCCGGAUUCCUGAUGUUCUUCCGAAAAGAACAGCUGACCAAGCCCUAAUGAUCUUCCAUCAUGGACUGUGCAAUAUACACACAUUGCGCAGAGUCUAGGAUGACAUGCACACUGUGGGAUUAACAAAUGCAUCUACCAAC